ACAAAUUCAACAGAUGAACGAAAGUGAUAUUUAAAAGGUUGGGACAAAGCUGUUGAACAAUUUCGUCUGGAUAAAGUUAUUGUUUUUUGGAAGAAAAAAAAUAAGUUACUGUUUUCAACAAGCAACUGUCUUACAAAUAGAAGAAACAAAGAGACAACUUUUAAAGAAUAUGAAAUGGUGAAGAUGUCCUCAAGAACUGAAGACAAAUCAACUUGUUGACAGCCAGACAAGUGUUGAACUUGCUCGCUAACGUUAACAAUGUGAAUAGAGAUCGCUUUGCAAUCUAUUGGACCGCAAGGGACCGUCCGUCACCAAUAGCUGAUAUAUUUCAUACAUUUUGGACGCUUAAGACCGUGAUAUUACCAUUACUUUAGCUAGUUAGGUAGUUAACUAACUCGACAGCUGUGAACUGUGAACAAAGCUUUCUGUCUUGAGUUAAGAGAGGCAUUAUUUUCCUCAGUAAUUAUGUUUCCGUUAGAUUCGACGUGGAACAUUUCAUUUGCAGGUUGCGGUUUCUUAGGCAUCUAUCAUAUCGGUGUAGCGAGUUGUUUACAGGAACAAUGUCCGUUUCUAGUCCAUAAUGCCCGGCACAUCUACGGGGCAUCAGCCGGGGCGCUCACCGCCUCCGCGCUGGUCAGCGGAGCUUGUUUAGGUGAGGCAGGUGCCAACAUCAUUGAUGUGGCCAAGGAUGCCCGGAAGCGUUUCCUGGGGCCUAUGCACCCAUCCUUCAACCUGGUCAAGAUCAUGCGUAAUAUGCUGUAUAAAACCCUGCCACCCGAUGCCCACCAUCGUGCCACGGGGAGGCUGGGCAUAUCACUCACCAGGGUGACCGACGGAGAGAAUGUCUUGGUGUCCCACUUUAACAGCAAGGAGGAACUGGUGCAGGCGUGUGUCUGCAGUGCUUACAUCCCAGUGUACUGUGGACUGAUCCCCCCUACACUGCAGGGUGUGCGUUACGUGGACGGUGGUAUCAGUGAUAAUCUGCCUCAGUAUGAGCUAAAGAACACCAUAACUGUGUCUCCGUUCUCUGGAGAGAGUGACAUCUGUCCUAGAGAUAGAUCCACCAACAUGCAUGAACUACGAUUCACCAACACCUCCAUCCAGUUUACACUCACCAACCUCUACAGAGUGUCCAGAGCUCUGUUCCCCCCUGAGCCACAGGUUAUGAAGGCCAUGUGUAAACAGGGGUACAAAGAUGCUCUUCACUUUCUAAAGAAGAACGGACUGUUGAAUCACCAAGGACCCCACAGACCUCUAAUAGCCGAUGGUGAGGAAGAUGACGUCAUCGAGGAUGAUGAUGAUGAUGAUGAAGAACACGUGGACCGUCUUGUACAGAACGAGAUCAGACCCAUUGAGAAAGAGUCAGUGGUGGCCCCCGCCGAGUCCAAAUCCAACAUCGAGGAUCAUAUCUUUGAACACCUGCCACCCAGACUACACAAAGCUCUGGUGGAAGCCUGCAAGGAGAGAUACAGUCUGGCCCAGUCGCUAAGCAACCUGCUGCCAGUCAGGAUGGCGACGGCUAUGAUGCUUCCAUACACCCUUCCCCUGGAGUCUGCUCUGUCUAUGACUGUUAGACUGUUAGAGUGGCUGCCUGAUGUUCAGGAGGAUGUUGGAUGGAUCAGGGAGCAGGUCGUUAAGGUGUUGCAGUGUGCUGUGAACCGGGCCACCAAGACUGUCUCUGCAAACUGUUACUACCAGUUGGAGCUGCGCCACUGCCAGUCCCUGCCUGCCCAACUCAACCCUGCCAGACUGCUCCCUAGCUGGGUGAGAGGAGGCAGCUCCUCUGUCCUGGAUGUUAUCGGUCGUCUGGACCAGUACCAGAGGCAGCUGCUGCCGGGCUCCUUCUGUGUCAACCUGGACCUCCAGGGCGCCUUAUACACCAGCGGGACCCCAGGCCCAGGAAGAUGCCCUAAAGCUGGGGAAGGAAGACCAGGACCAGCCCUGGCCCCUAUGGCCUCCAUGAUAGACCCAGAGGAGGUAGAGGGGAUGGGGCUGAUGAUGAGGAGGCUCAAUGAAAACCAUAACUCUACUCCAUCCUCACUCUAAUAUUAUAAUGUAUCCCUAAAGAAAAGGACGAGGGUGGACUGUAAAUUAGGGCGUGUCCAGAGGGUAAAUUAGGGAGUGUCCAGAGGGUAAAUUAGGGUGUGUCCAGAGGGUAAAUUAGGGAGUGUCCAGAGGGUAAAUUAGGGUGUGUCCAGAGUGUUAAUUAGGGAGUGUCCAGAGGGUAAAUUAGGGAGUGUCCAGAGGGUAAAUUAGGGUGUGUCCAGAGGGUAAAUUAGGGAGUGUCUAGAGGGUAAAUUAGGGAGUGUCCAGAGGGUAAAUUAGGGAGUGUCCAGAGGGUAAAUUAGGGUGUGUCCAGAGGGUAAAUUAGGGAGUGUCUAGAGGGUAAAUUAGGGAGUGUCCAGAGGGUAAAUUAGGGUGUGUCCAGAGGGUAAAUUAGGGAGUGUCUGGAGGGUAAAUUAGGGAGUGUCCAGAGGGUAAAUUAGGGUGUGUCCAGAGGGAAAAUGAGGGUGUGUCCAGAGGGAAAAUAGGGUGUGUCCAGAGGGUACAUUAAGCGAAACCCACGUUCAGUACACUGAGCCAAACCCACGUUCAGUACACUGAACCAAACCCACGUUCAGUACACUGAGCCAAACCCACGUUCAGUACACUGAACCAAACCCACGUUCAGUACACUGAACCAAACCCACGUUCAGUACACCGAGUCAAACCCACGUUCAGUAGACUGAACCAAUCCCACAUUCAGAACACUGAACCAAACCCACGUUCAGUACACCGAGCCAAACCCACGUUCAGUACACCGAAACAAACCCACGUUCAGUAGACUGAACCAAACCCACGUUCAGUACACUGAACCAAACCCACGUUCAGUACACCGAACCAAACCCACGUUCAGUACACCGAACCAAACCCACGUUCAGUACACUGAACCAAACCCACGUUCAGUACAC